GUGGGAGUGGGGCAAGUGGGGGUGUUCUUCUAAAAACCUGCUUCCCUGACCGAUUGCUCUGUGGUCCGGAUGAGGAGCUGUAUGCACACACAGCAUGGGAACUGGGGAUUACAUCUGCAUCACUUUGCAUGGUGAUGGACCCUGGGGCUUCACCCUGGAAGAAGGUGUGGGGGACACCGAUACGCCUCUGCUGGUUUCUCAGCUGGAGGAAGGCGGCAAUGCUUUCCAGGCCGGCGUACGAGACGGCGACGAGGUGGUGUCCCUGAACGGAAAACCGUGUGCGGGAUUGCCCCUUUGGCAGGCCCGGGCCCUCAUCAACGCGUCAGGAGGCUGCCUCAGGCUACUACUCAAGAGGUACCUCAUUUCGCUUUGUUUUUUCUUCUUGCAAAUGGAAGUAACCAACCACGACAUGCCUCAGCACAGCUCUGCCCCCUGGUCUCCACAGAUGGAAGUAACCAACCAGGACAUGCCUCAGCAUGCCGAAAAUAGUGCACCCACACCUGCUGUCGCCCCCACCGCACUGGAGGAAGGCGGCAAUGCUUUCCAGGCCGGCGUACGAGACGGCGACGAGGUGGUGUCCCUGAACGGAAAACCGUGUGCGGGAUUGCCCCUUUGGCAGGCCCGGGCCCUCAUCAACGCGUCAGGAGGCUGCCUCAGGCUACUACUCAAGAGAUCGAGAGGUGACGAGGAACCUUUAAAGCUGAGAGAGCUCUACAUAUCCGAGUCCCAGGAGGAAAUUUCUGAUGAAGAACCGCACAGGGAUCCCGGUGAUACGCCUUUGCUGUCCCUUUCCCAGCAGACCUUGGACAACAUGAGCUGUACCUCUCUGGGCAGCGCGCACGGUAUGGAGGGAGAGCAGCAUACCAUCACCAGCGGCACACAGGAGGCACCUCCGUCCUCCGACCGAAAGCCGCUCAGCCAUCACGGAGUGGUGCAAGGGAAGGAGCCGGCAGCAUCAGCAUCACCAGGGAGGGGCAUCCUGAGCGGCGGGGUGGGAGGCCCCGGGGCGAGCGCCGGAUCCCGAGACGUGGGAGGAGGGCCCUGUGAACUUCCCGGCUCUUUUAGUGUCGCUUUCCAAAUCCCCUCAGAUGAGGGAACGCCCGGCGAGGAGCAGGAUACCGAUUCCGAUCAAGAAAAACCCAACAAGCACCGAGCAAGGCACGCCAGGUUCAGGCGCAGCGAGAGUCUCUCCGAGAAGCAGGUGAAGGAGGCCAAGUCCAAAUGUAAGCGGAUCGCCCUUCUCCUUAGUGCCGCGCAGCCCAACCCGAACAACAAGGGCCUGUUGAUGUUCAAGAAACACCGUCAGAGAGCGAAAAAGUACACCUUGGUGAGCUACGGCACGGGAGAGGACAAGCGAGACGACAGCACAGAGGAGGAGGACGACGACAGCACCCAGGGUGGAGUUCAUGUUCUAGAGUUCACGCUCGCUGAUCAAGACCGGUCGGAUUUAGAGACGCAUUUCCUCACGAAUGCCCGCAGUGGCAAAGGCGUACUGACGAUCUGCUUGGAUAAAAGCCUACUUGACGUUGAGCAGAAGCAAAGUCCGAUGGAGUGUUUGCCCGAAACCAAGGGCAAAGGCGCCCUCAUGUUCGCCCAGAGGCGCCAGCGAAUGGACGAGAUUGCGGCCGAGCACGAAGAGCUGCGGCGCCAGGGGAUGCCCGUGGAAGGGGCACAGAAAGUGGAAGCGGCUUACACGCAGCCCGCCGUGGAGAACCACGCGUACAUGGAUGUGAACCAGCAGCAGCAAUACCAGCAAUACCAGCAGCAGCAGCAGCAGUACCAACAACAACAGCAUUACCAACAGUAUCAGCAGCAGUCGUACGAGCAACAGCAAACGUAUCACCAAGGUCAGCACGGCCCCGUGCAACAUCAAAGCCACGAAGCGCAGCGUUCUCUCGGCAAUCGCACCGCAAAGCCCUUUUUGGUUCAGAACAUGGCGGCGACACCGUACUCUCCUGCAAUGACUGGGACUAAUCAAGGCCAAGGAGAGCAGAUCGCCUCCCGUGAUGAGCGCAUUGCCACCCCGGCGAUCAGGUCGGGCCUUCUGGAUUCAAAGAGGAGAAAUGUUGCCAAGCCCAUGUUCACGUUUAAAGAGACACCAAAGAUGUCACCGAAUCCUGAUCUGCUGAACCUACUCAACAUGAGUUCCAAGAAGAUGGGUUUCGAGUCAGGACCCGAGGAAGACUACCUCAGCCUUGGCGCUGAGGCUUGUAAUUUCCUCCAGUCCUCACGGUCGAAACACAAGACUCCUCCGCCGGUGGCCCCAAAGCCUGUGAUAGAUCCCAGCUCUGCCCCCUGGUCUCCACAGAUGGAAGUAACCAACCAGGACAUGCCUCAGCAUGCCGAAAAUAGUGCACCCACACCUGCUGUCGCCCCCACCGCAGUGACCACCCCUUUUAGUGACCAAGAGCCAACCUCUAAUGUGACUGCUCCUGGGCCAACUCCCCCUCAAGCCCAACUAGAAGCCCCUGCCAUUGCCUCCACAGAGCAACAACAAACAUGGCCUCCUUCAGUGCCAGAAACCCAACAACAGCAAGUAGCCGUGCAAGAGGGAAACGGUUAUGUCAGCUCUUCUCCACAGCCCGAGACCAAUACUGGAGGAAUUUGGGAUUCUGCACAAGCAGCCCAGCAGCAAUCUACAAUUACCUGUUAUACGAUGCAGAUGCAACCACAGGAGCCACAACCAAGUCAAUCCUCUCUACAACAUCAGUGGGCGACACCCCAAUCCACUCACAGUCAAGUGCAGUCUCAGCCCCCUGCCGAUACCUGGACACCACAAAAUCAGGCCUCCUGGAGUCAAACAGAGCAAGCGCAGCCACACGUUCAACCGUGUCAACCCCAAGAUCCACCCCAGUCUCAACCACAACAAAACUGGACGCACACACCGGAGCCGCAAGUCCAGCAAAUGCAGCCGACCUGGGGUCGAUCACAAGAACCGAUGCUGAAGCCGCAACAGCACCAAGCUCCGCAAGUAGACUCUCAACGUACAUGGGCACUGGCCAAAUCCCAAUCACAAGGUCCUUGGAUUCAGCCUGAAUCCCAGCCGGCAUGGGGUCAACCCAUAGAGCAAAAAGCCUGGCCGCAAACCCAAGCACCAGAUAAACAUUGGGCUCCAGCUCAGCCUCAAGCACAACCUCCAGUUAAUACCUGGCCUCCUGCACAACCAUCUUGGACCCAAACAGCCCAAGCGCAACCACAGAUGCAGCCUCCAGCCGGUUUGAGUCCAUGGCCGCCGGUUCCUGCCCAGCCUCAGCUCCAGCCAUCUUGGGCCCAGCAACCUCCGGAACAGGUCCAGCGUCCCACUAAUGCCUGGGAGGCCGAGCAAGGUCCGGCCCAACAUCAGCAGUCCUGGGACCAGUCCGUUCAGCCACAGACACAGCCGAACUGGCAACAAGCACCUUUGAAGACAGCGCCGCAGCAGCCUCUGAUAAACGCGUGGCCGCCGGCUCAACCUCAAACACCUGCCUGGGUACCACAGUCCCAGCAAACGCCUGCGGCCAACACUCAACCUUUACCCAAACCAUGGCAAACCCAACAAAGCAGGGGCCCACAGAGAAGUAACGCUUUCCCCUCUGGUCAGAAAGGUUCACCCCCUGUCAUCAACCCCUUGGCUACCGUCUUGAACCCAUCGUCUGCCAGUUCAGCUUACGAGAUGCCGGCCGUCCGAGGGAAAGGAGCUGACAUGUUUGCGAAGAGGCAGUCCCGCAUGGAGAAGUACGUGGUGGACUCAGAGACCGUGCAGGCCCAUAUGGCGAGUCGAUCCACGUCGCCGACUGCCUCCUUGCCAAACGAGUGGAAAUACACCCCUAACGUACGUGCUCCGCCGUCACGGGGUUUCAAUCCCAUCCAGUCCCCCUCUUAUCCGCCGGCCGCGUCGAAGCAGCCCCCUUCUAGCGGCCCUAUGUCCAAAGCCAAGAAAAAAGGCAAACAAGGACCUGCCCCGAAACCACUUGAUGUCGUUGAUGUCAUGAAGCAUCAACCCUACCAACUUAGUGCCUCGCUCUUUACAUACGGGUCUGCAGGAGAAGGUGCGAAGGAGCCUGCUCCGAAGCCCAGCUGUUCACCCCAAAACCAGAAACCUUAUGAGCAAAUGGCCCCAGUUCAGUCACCUGGCUCAUUUAGUGCGCCGUACCCCCAGCAAGCCUACGAUGGCAACUACCAGCCAACCUCUAACGCUUAUACCCCUUCUGAUCCUCACCAGCAAUCACCAGGUGGUGUUUAUUGGCAACCAUAUAACCAACAAACCCCUCAAUUGCCCAGUCCCCAGUACCCGCCCCAACAAGUCCCCUAUCAAGGAGCUGGUAGUCCUCCGUACCUUUCACCCACAACAAUCGCCUUCCAGCAGCCCCUUCCUGCUAGCGUAGCGCCGAGUUUCCCUGUAGUUUCACCGCCUGGCUCUACAACCAGCGGCAACACUGGCGUGGCGCCAAAACCAAAGUUUACGGCCAAAAAAAGCUGCGCUCAGGUGUGGAAGCCCACGGUCGCUGAGAGCGAGUGAUUCUUGCCCAAUAGUCUGAGUGUAUAUUUUAUGUUUAUU